UCUUGUAUUGAUUGUCAUUUGCUGUACCAAUCAUCCAAUAAUUCGUUAAAUUAUUUUCAUUAAUUAUUAGUUUUGUGAAUGUGUUUACGCAGAUUUUUUGUGUACUAUAUGUGGGAAAAGGCACACGUAGUAAUUUAUAUGUUUUGGUGAUUGGUUUUCAGUGAUGGCAGUGACCGAUCAAUUCUCAUUGCGAUGGAAUGAUUUCCACGCAAAUUUGGCGCAGUCUUUUCAAGCAUUAUUGGAUGAAGAAGAUCUGGUAGAUGUGACGUUGGCGGCUGGUGGUCAAUAUGUACAUGCACAUAAGGUCAUUUUAUCAGUCUGCAGCCCAUAUUUCAAGGAACUGUUUAAGAUGAAUCCUUGUGAGCAUCCUAUUGUAAUUUUGAAAGAUGUUGCUCAUCAAGAAUUGAAACAGCUACUGCAGUUUAUGUACAGGGGAGAAGUACAUGUCCGACAGCAGGAGCUCUCUGGAUUGCUACAUACUGCUGAGUUGUUGCAGGUGAAGGGACUCACUGGAGGUAGAGAGAAGAGUGAAUCACCUCCACCAGCUUCUGAAGACUCAUUUAAUGCAAGAUCACAAACUAUAGAACCUGCUCAUGACAGUAUGCCUGAAUGGAUACAACCUGAAGACACAGCAACAUUUGAAACCGCUCCUGAUAUACCUGCUUUGAUUCCAAAAGAAGAAGCCACUAGAAGCCCACUGAAACGAUUGAUGAAAAAUACGCAAACCAAAAACAGCCAAAAUGCUAAAAAGAAACCUCGAGCUGUAAGUGACAGCCCUUCACAUGCAGAGAACAGUGAAUUUGGAUCUGAUAUUCCAUUACCACCUGGUGUUGGUGAACCUUUAAUUGACUUCGACAAUGAUGUUUUUCAUAAUAUUUUGGUGGUUCCAGAUUCUGCUAAAGAAACUGGAUGGAAUUGUAAGACCGGUGGCGUUAAAUGUCCAUCUUGUCAUCGGUUCUUUGCCAAUCGAUACAACUUAAAAGUGCACAUCCGUGACAAACAUGACACUAGAGAAGGGACCUUGCAAUGCGACAUCUGUCAAAAGCGAAUGAGAAAUCCAUCGUGUCUGCGGGUGCAUAUGUACCAUCACCGCAAACAAGCUGCAUAUCUUGCACAGCUGGGUGGCCAAGGAGACUCAAUGAGAAAUGCCGUGAAUAAUAUGGUCGGCAAUAAAUGGCGUGAUGGCAUGGGCGAUUACCGAGAUGUUGACAACUUUACAGCAACACAAGCACCUGAUCCGAUCCAGUAUCUUAAUGUAUUGGAUUCGACUAACGAGACCAUCUCUGAUCCCUCUCCAGUGAAGAGCGAAGAAAAAGCACAAUCCAUUUGAUUAAAACAGAACCAAGUUCCCGAGGCCGAUCUAACCGAUCCGAAACAACUCGCUCGGUUAUACUCUCAACAGGGCACUUGGAGAAACUUGGUAUUCACAUUCAAGUAAUUAUCUUGUAUAUUUCAUAAAUCCAAACUGGGUAAUGUUAACAAUAAAUAGUGGAGAACACCGUCGAAAUGACUCCGAUUAUAAUGUUUCUUUUUGCAAUGAUUUCGAUCAAAAUCCAUCAACAGCUAACACUUAUUCGGUUUGAACAUCUUUGUAGAUAUUAUGAGAUUUGUUUUACAUUAAAUGUUUCAGCUUCUAAAUGAGAAAUGAACACUUAAAUGUUAUUGCGUGGUAUAUUGAAAUCGUAAAUAGACAUUUAAGGGAAUUAGUAAAAUAAAUUUCAUAAAUCUUAGACAGUGUUGUUUAAAGUUUUUUUUAUACAUGGGCCCAAAUAUCCUGAAUGGCUUUCUACCGAACACCACUAUAACAGUGGUGGCGUUGUUAAAAUGCCAAUUCAUUAAUUGUAAUAACAUGCCCAAGUAAAUGACCAAGUGAAUUGCUUACACGGAGAAACCAACGUAAAAAUAACUGAAUUAUUUGUACGUUACGCAUUCCUAUAACCUCGAUCAUUAAACCGAAUAGUUAACGCAUAAAUGUUGAUAUAAUUAUGAAACAUGAAAUCGGCGUGGUUUCGAUCGGUCGCUCAUACAGAUCACAAAAACCCUAUAUGAUGGGUAUUCAAUAUAACAUUCAGGGCGGAUAUCAAUUGUGAAUUAAAUAACCUACACAAAACCAUCAUUUUUCAUAUUGUGUCUUUCAAUUUAUUGUGAUGAAGUCUUAUCAAUUACGAGUAAGUUUGACUGUAAUACGAAUUUAAAAAAAAUAAUUUACAAUGUAUAAAAUACUCUCAAAUUAUAAAGGCUGAUAACUAAACUCGGAAUUAAGUAUUUCAUAGUUAACAGUUUCAAAACUAUAACAAAAUUCAUAAGAUGCUGUUUGGCUGUUGGAUAUUAAACAAAAAUUUUGGUUAUUUAUAGUUUCCCAAAAGUACUAUUGAGUUGAUAUUGUAUAUUGUACAUUCCACCACACACAUUCCAAAGACUGAAGCUUGAACAAAAUAACAUGGCUUUACUUUGAAUGUAUGUGUCACUGAAAUACUGCAAAUGAUUGAUUCUAUUAAUGGAGAUUUCGCUGCUAUCGGUAGUGUAUUCGGUACAGUACAGAUUCGCGAAUGUAAUUCAGUGGCAUAUACUCGCAUGAACACGUGUUCUCCAUACACACGCUAGUACCUAAGUUAGUAUUAGAGUUUGUACAACAUGGAUAUGAAUCUUAUAAAUAACUGAAUAAUACGCGGAUUUCAUAAACGUGCCGCCUCGAAUAUUGUCGAAUAUAGGUAUAAAUAUUGUUAUAUAAGUUGUCAAUCCUGUAGAAAAACACGAGUGUCUUAGAAAUACCAUUUGAUAUUUUCUGUAUAUUCGUAUUGUAUUUACGAAACAUGUUAACAUAUAAAAUGGAAGCACUCGAUAUACAGUGCACGUAGCGGGGAAUUGGACUCGAAUUAGAUUUUAAUUAUGUUGCCAUUCAUUACCAAUGUACAAAUAACUGAACGUUCAAUGGAAAAUAUAGUAAGGUGCUCCAGCACGCAUUAGAAACCAUAAACCUUACAGUACAAAUUUUGGAUUAGGGGUUGUCUUUGGUCUACAUAAAAGCAUACAGUAAAAGAAAUAUGUGCAAUUGACUAAUAUUUAUCUAUAUAUUAUCAAAUGAGAGCAGGUGAUAAUAGGACAGUCUGUUUAUAUUAAACAAAAUGUUAUGAAUAGUCAUCGAUGGUGCUUCAUAGCAUUCUAAUAUUAUUUUAAGCUAUAAAGCUAAAAAGCGAUACAUAAGACAAACUUACGCAUUGAAAUCCCUAAUCCAAUAGCCAGAAAUUAUUUAAUUAUUAAAUAAACAUUUUUUUUUAAUAAAUAAUGCUUUACUUAGUUGUUAUAAGUUUAUUUUUAGAUAGUUAUAAGUGCAACAAUUUUACGUACAAUUAUUUUAGUCGGAAAUAACGUAGCGAAAUCUAAUUAAACUUUAGUAAAUAGAAAUGAAUGUACCUCAAAUCAUCAUUAGUUAAUCUAUCUGAACAUUGUUUGUAUUUCGUUCAUGAACUUGUACAAAUUCUUCAAAUAUUCAAUGGAGUAUUGAACAAAUUCUUCAAAUAUUCAGUGGACUAUUGAGUAUGUUGAGUAAUGACUCAAUGAGAUGAUGUUUAUAUCAAAGUACUUUAGCUUUACCAUAAUUUAAAGCUUUAAGUUAAUAGACUCGUCCCAUCGUAAGUUAUCAAGUCGGAUUUUAAAUUUAAUCACAAUAUAAUCAUAAUAAAAUAUAUCUAUAGCUAGUUUUUACUUCUAUUAAAAUGGUAGCUAUGUGAUGUGAAGCACAAAAAUGCGAUUCCUACUAUCUUCUUGAUAAUGCCGUCCGUUGUAAUGCAUUAUAAGUUAUUGAGCAUAAAUCAUUUGUGCCCCCCUUUCUUUAGAACGAAUCGAAAUAGAUUAAUGACCCUGUCUGUCAUGUGUCGUAAUAUUAUUGCUGUCCAAUAUAUAAGUGAGAAAACUGUGUAAAAUAAGAGAUAUAUUGAGAGCUCGGUAUCGACGUUGUGACUGUCCCAAUGUACCUUAUUCUAAUUUGAUUACGUUUUAGAAGACAAUUGCUAUUUAUUACGCCACCCAUUUUAGUUAGGCGGAUUAUUAUAUAACAUUUUAAAUAUAGUAAAAACAUUCAAUGUGGAAUAUUGAAUAUUAUAAAUUAUUUUUUCGAAAUUAUAUAUUAUAUUUUAUAAAGGUUUGGGUAUUUUUAACCAUUAAUAUUAAGGGGUUAUUGAACUAACACAAUUUUCUACAUUCCACUAGUCGUAAGUCUGCAUAAUUAACCUGAUUUGGUAUAAGUACUACAUAAUAACAAUUUAGUUUUUAAUAAUAUUUAUGCUAAGUAGUCUUAGAGUGUAGUUGAACAAUGUUUUUAUAUUUUGGAUUUGUAUUCCAACGAGAUUAUUAAAUAAAUAACAUUCCAUAUUUUGGUAGCUGUAAUAUAGUUUUAGCAUUUAUAAUUUUAUUACCAAAUUUUUUACAUACCAAUGUUCUUACGUUUAAUAUUUUGAAGUUUUAGAGUGCAGCUUCAAAUCUAUGUUUUACAAAUUUUGAAACGAAUACUUCGAUGAAUAGCUUUAUCAAAUUCCAGCUAAUUAAUUAUAUUUACAGACAACCUUUUGAUGUGCCUAUCAAUGUGUCAUCUGUAAUACAAAAAAAAAUAAAUUCGCAGUUUAUAGAACGUAAGAAAGAAUUGAAUCCUACAGUAUUACAAUCCCAAUAAUUCAAUGAAAAAUACAAGUUAGCCCGCGAUUAAAUAUCCAUUAAGAUUUUGUAAUCUUAUAAUUUGUAUUGCCAGUAAAUGUCACAUAAUAGGGUUAUGUUCAUGAUAUUGUGUUGUGAUUGGUAAAGCUGUUAUUGAUAUUUUUAAUAUAAUGUGUAACCUAGUGCUCAAAUAUUUUACUCAUCUAUUCUAUAUCCAUGACAUUUAUAAUAUCGUAGUAUUUAAGUAAAAUUUAAUAAUCUAACAAGAAAAGUUCAAUCAUAUUUUAAGAUUUAAAAGAUUACGAACUAACCUGAUUUUUAAUCAUUGUGUUAUACAAUGUUUUUAUUAAGCAGAAUCAGUUUAAGUAUUUUAAUUUUUAGUCAUUUUAAUCGUGAGUAGGAUCUGAAAAUGUACAAUGAGAUUAGUGAAAGCAAUGUUAUAAAAGUGUUCUGUUGUUUACACAGUAAAAUAGCUAAAACAAGUCACAAAAUGGUGCCUUAGUAAACAAUUGUGUGGAGCGAAGAGCAGAAUCGUAAAUGGGGUAUCAAUUUUAAGUUUAAUGUGUUGCGAUAACUUUUAAAUUUAUUCAAUAUCAUUAUUUUUAAUAUCAAUUAUACAUAAGCCGUUACCUAUGACUGAAUCCCCAUUUACCAGUCUUAACCGUAUUAGUUGGUGCUCCAAUACUGCCACAUGCAUUUAAUACAAAACAAUUAUAUUAUAUCUGUCAUCGUUAUGGCAGCGUUCAUAAGAAAAGUUUGUGUUCGAUCAUUUUUCUCCGACUUACUUUGUAAAUCCGACGACCACAAGAAAGUCUUCAUUUUUCAGUUUAAUAUAUUACCUGUGACACUCACAAAUUAUGUGGCUUUCUAUUGGUACUUAAUAGAAUUGUCAAAAUCGGUUCGGUAUAUGUAGAGACUAGCUCACAAGCCCUAUAACUUUACAAAUUUACUUCUUUAUAAUUUUAGCAUAAAUUAUUAACUCCCAAUUCCAAUUAAAAAGAACCAGAAUCUCACUUUAAAAAAUUAUUUUUAUUUUUAAAUUAUUUAUUCACUGGUUUCAAUCAAAUAGAUCAUAAUCUUUGAUGAAAAGAGGAUGCAACUAUUUGAUUGAUAUAAAAAAAGAUUCAUUCAAUGUAGUCUACUAUCAAGUGUCAACUUUUCUAAGUAGUGUCGAAGAAAUAUGUACGAGGUGUCAUAAAAUAUUAAUAUUUUUUUUUGUUAAUAAUUUAUAUAACUGCACAAUUUAUUCAACAUUGAAAAAAAAAACAUCAACAAUAGUCUAGUAGUAGUCAAUCUUAAUUUUUCCAUAGUGAACGUGAAAUGAAUUCUGAACCUAUCAAUGAAUGAAAAAUCUCCAGAUUUAUAGUUUAAUAAUUAUCACACAUGCAAUGUCCACAUCGCAAGUAGAAAAAUGUUAGCUAUUGCAUAACUAAUUGAUCAUAUUUUUCCGAGACUGCUGAAUAAAAUAGCACUUAAUAACUAGACUUAUAUAAUGAUUAGCUGACAUUCAACUAGAAUACGCUCUAGAUUACAUAUCUCGUUCGCUCGUACACUCCGCACCGCCAUGUUUUUUCAUGUUUCAAUCAUAAGUCUUAUAUUUAUAAUCUUUGUGGCACAACAACAGAACAUCUUUUGCAAUGUUGCUUUAAUUUCUACAGAAUUAUGAUAAAUAUUAAGUUAUUUUUUUACCUAUUUUAUAUAUUUAUUCUCAUAAAAGUAUCGUUAGGGCAUGCAUGUCUUACAAAUAGAACACUCGAAUUUUAAUUAUCAGGGUAACAAUGUUAUCAUUAUUAGCCGAGAUUCUUACACAUUAUAAUGUGCUGUUAGGUUGUAUUAAAUAAUUUUGCUCUCUUAAAAUUGAAUUUUUAGACUGCAAUUGUAAGUAUUUUGUAGUUCUAUAUAACUAAAGGAAUUGUUCCUCAAUUCGAACUAUCGUCCUUAUUUGCAUGAAAAAUAUUAGAAGAUUUAUAAUUACUAUCUAAGCAAAAUAGUCCUUAUAAGGAUAUUAUAUCAUAACACGUUCCAUUCCUUAAAAUAUUGUAAAACCUAAGAAGGGUUGUAAUCAAGAUAAUGUGAUAAAUUUAAAAUAUUAUUAAGCUGUUUAACGCCAGAUUAUCAUUAGGUCGUAGAUAAGUUUUGAAAACUUAAAUCGUUGUUGACAAUUUACUUUAUAACAAUAAAAAUACACAAUUUUCUCGUAAGACAACUUGUAUGGUUAUAAUCGGAGUUAUAUAUCAGGCAAAGCCUAAGCCACCGCCAAAAGUGUUUAUUAAAUUCGUUAUAUUUUGCAUUAAUGAAUAAAAUACACCGUUUAUAAUUCUAAGAUUUUUUCACAAAGUGAUAGUUACAUCAAUAACAUCUAUUUUAUGUAAUGUAAAAAAUACUGAAUAUAUUUAAUCAAUAUUAAAUUACCAAUAAUUAGCAUCUUUAGAUGAUAAAUAUUAAUCGAAAUACUCUGAUAUAAUAUAUUAUUGGGUUGGAUUUAGUUUACACUACGAUUUUUACGGCCAUUGAAUCGAUAAUGUAUGUGAUAUACGUAUGGUACGUAAUACGGUAGUAAAAAAUUAUGUCACGAAUAGUGAAAUAAUAACAAAAUUAACAACGAAUUUUUGUUUUUAAUGUUGUAACAAAUGCUCUCUAUGUUGUUAUUUUAUGAUUUUGUGAUUAUACUCAUUAGGUCUUUUAAUAUUUAGACUGCAUCAAUAGUCGAUCCACAUAAUUUGUUUUGUCUAUCGAAUAUCAGUAAAAGUAACAGUUGUUUAAAAUAAUAUUUGAGUGACUUUCGUUGGUAAUAGUACUAUUUACUAUCACAAUGUUUUGUACUCACAAUCCUAGUUUAUAUAAAUAUUUAUUGCCAUUCUGUAAUAGGUAUUAUAAGUACCUACGGCAACUGCCGUGCCAAACAUUCCAAAAUUAUAAUAGUACAUAAUUAUUAUCUAUAAGUGCAGUAGUGUGACUAACGAUAUUUCAGUAAACUGUGUUCUUAAAUUUCGUAAGUACUUUUGACUAUGUAUACUCAGAAAUCGAUUUAUAAUAUUUUUUUACGUAAGCUUUACAUAAAUAAUAAUCUCAUA